AUGCAAGUGGUAACAUCAUGCCAAGCGCCAAUGACUUUUGUUGUACUCACGCUUAAUCGAUACUGUUCAAUAAUUUAUAGUAGAAAGGCAUUUUUUAAAAGCAACAAAUUUAUAGCAAUAUCUAUUGGUAUUCAAUGGUUCAUUGGUUUUCUUAUAGCAUUGCCAUUUCCAAUACUUCUAAAACCGUAUUGUGCUCUACCAUCUUGGUUGAUGCCAUAUUAUUUACUUCCUUUCCAAGUAAUUCCACCAAUUACUAUUCUUGUUCUCAAUCUUUUAAUAUUCAAAUAUGCUCAUUCUUCUACUCGUCGAGUUCAACCGCAACAUGGUGCAACUAUAGUUAUCAGACCAAAGAUUAAUGCACGUGAUCUUCAUUUAUUAAAACACUAG